UAAACAAAUAUCUUUGCUUCCUUUUUACGUCCUGUGGAAUAGGGCGGAGUUUAACCAGCGGUGCUAGCUUAUGAUUGGUCGAUUACUAAUGUUAUGAAAUAUUAUUGGCUGGUCAAACAUACGCCUUUACAGCAACGCCACUGAGAAGGCCCGUCAUGCUGACUGCACAGAGGACAUGUGUCGCUCUGGCUGCACGCCGACUUCUAGGAGCUCCCUGCUCCUCACACGGAUUCAUCAACACAUGCUCACAGACGCACUCCCGACAGUUUCGUACCGCAACGCCCUGUCGGGAUGAAGUGGACCUGCACCCGGAGUGGGCCAGCCUGGCCAAAAAACAACUGAAAGGGAAGAACCCAGAAGACCUGAUCUGGCGCACGCCGGAGGGCCUCAACAUCAAACCCGUCUACACUAAAGCAGACUCUGCAACGAAGCCAGACGAACUGCCGGGGGUCUUCCCUUAUACUAGGGGGCCCUACCCCACCAUGUACACGUUCAGGCCCUGGACCAUCAGGCAGUAUGCUGGCUUCAGCACUGUGGAGGAGAGCAACAAGUUCUACCGGGACAACAUUAAAGCGGGUCAACAGGGUCUCUCGGUGGCCUUCGACCUCCCGACUCACCGCGGGUAUGACUCCGACAACCCCCGUGUCCAUGGCGAUGUCGGAAUGGCGGGGGUCGCCAUAGAUACCGUGGAGGACACCAAGAUGCUGUUCGACGGCAUCCCGCUGGAGAAGAUGUCGGUUUCUAUGACGAUGAAUGGAGCGGUGAUCCCGGUGCUGGCCAUGUUCAUCGUGACGGGGGAGGAGCAGGGGGUGCCCAAGGAGAAGCUGACGGGAACUAUCCAGAAUGACAUCCUGAAGGAGUUCAUGGUGCGCAACACCUAUAUCUUCCCCCCGGAACCUUCCAUGCACGCCAUCGCUGAUAUCUUUGCCUACACGUCCAAGCACAUGCCCAAGUUCAACUCCAUCUCCAUCAGUGGUUACCAUCUCCAGGAGGCCGGGGCGGACGCCAUCUUGGAGGUGGCCUACACCAUCGCCAACGGCCUGGAGUACUGCCGCACUGGGCUGAAAGCUGGCCUCACUAUAGAUGAGUUCGCCCCCAGGCUGUCAUUCUUCUGGGGUAUCGGUAUGAACUUCUACAUGGAGAUUGCCAAGCUGAGGGCAGGCAGGAGGCUGUGGGCCAUGCUCAUUAAGGAGAAGUUCCAACCCAAGCUGGCCAAGUCUCUGCUCCUCAGGACCCACUGUCAGACCUCAGGCUGGUCCCUCACCGAACAGGACCCGUAUAACAACGUGGUGCGUACUGUGAUCGAGGCGAUGGCUGCGGUGUUCGGGGGGACCCAGUCUCUACACACCAACUCUUUUGACGAGGCUUUGGGUCUACCAACGGUGAAGAGCGCCCGCAUCGCACGCAACACACAGAUAAUCAUCCAAGAGGAGUCUGGGAUACCCAAGGUAGCCGACCCCUGGGGCGGGUCACACAUGAUGGAGGCGCUGACCGACGAUGUCUACAACACUGCCCUAAAGUUUAUCAAUGAGAUCGAAGAGAUGGGAGGCAUGGCCAGAGCUGUGGCUGAAGGCAUUCCUAAACUACGCAUCGAGGAGUGUGCUGCUCGCAGACAGGCUCGCAUCGACUCAGGUUCGGAGGUGAUUGUUGGAGUGAAUAAGUACCGUCUAGAGAAAGAGGAGUCCGUCGAUGUGCUGGCUAUCGACAACACCAACGUACGCAACAAGCAGAUCGACAAACUCAAGAAGGUGAGGGAGAGUCGUGAUGCUGAGGUGGCGAAGAGGUGUCUGUCGGCCAUAGAGGAGUGUGCUCGUACCAGGGAGGGGAACCUGCUGGGGCUGGCUGUGGAGGCUGCUAGAGCCAGGUGA